GUCCGACACCUUCUUCACAGAAGUACAGAUGACGUCUCAAGAAGCCUUUUCCUACACAGACGUAUUUAUUAUGUAGGCUAUAUAAGAAAUUACUGUAAGAGCAGCAGCGCUUAUUUGAAUUGUAUUCUUUGAAAGAAAAGUGGUGCACAUUCACAGACGAAAUAAAAUCUACACUUUCAUGUAAGCAGACAGUUAAAACGAAACAGGUAAGCUAAAUGAACACAAACACUAAUCAAAAUUGUUUUAAAAACAUCAAUUUUUACACUCGGUGUAGCUUCUGUGUUUUUUUAAAUUUAUUUUUCAAUCAGUAACUAGCUUACCCAGUAUUUUGCCCAUAACUGUAUGCAUUAUGUUUUAUUAAGAUAAUAAUAAACUUUAUUUAUACAUAAGUUAAUGUCUCAUAACUGAACACAUAAUGCUUAACUUGAGGUGAUAACUGGUGAUAACACCUAAACCUAACGUUGACCAGUCAAACAUGUUCACUUACAAACAAACACACAACACUUCAAUAUCCAGUCACACACCUAUACACGCACACACACACACACACACAUUAGGUGAGUUAAAAUGACUGUACUGUUUUUCUGUUUAUGAAGUUCUGUCAAACUGGUCUUAUUUGAGUUUCAAAUAAAUGUCCAUAAGAGUUAACGUAAACACUGAAUGAAGACCAUUUUCUUCGUCGCGUGCACGUGAACAAAUCCUCUCACGUCUUGUACUGCAUGUUGCUUUACUCAUUUUCAACCACAUGCACACAUGCGCGCGCACACGCACACGCACACAUAAACACAAAAUGAAUUAGGUAAAAUUGAUAUAUCUUGAACAUCUUCAGAAGUUCAUUUGUUGUUGUACUGGCUUGCAUUGACUAAAUCCUUACAAUCCAAAAUGCACUCAUCGUAUUGGUCAAGCUGACUCUACAUUGUCCAUAGAUGUGAAUGUGAGUGUGAAUGGUUGUCUAUAUGUGAUCUGUGAUUGGCUGGUGACCAGUCUGAGGUGUACCCCGCUUCUCGCCUGAAGACAGCUGGGAUAGGCUCCAGCAUACCCUCAACCCUUGUGUGGACAAGCGGUAUCGAAAAUGGAUGACUGGAUGGUAUUUGUCAAAUUGAAUACAUUAAAAUGGCAUUUUAUUUACUAAAAAGCGCUUAUGACUUGUAAGGACUCGAAAAUUUUAAGACUAUAACUUUGGAUUUGACUCGAUCUGUCUUGUCUUGACAUGAGACUUGGACUGGCGUGCGUUUACUUGAGGCUUCACUCAAGAAUCGACUCGAGACUUGGGAUUAAAGACUUGAGACUUACUUGAGAUUUGCAAAACACAGACUUUCUCCCACCUCUGGUACUGUAUGAUCCUCAUUGUUGCCAAGCAGAGUGAAAUGACAACAACAACAGGACUACGCUCUAGUUACACAGUCCACAGCACACAGUGACAUCCUGUUCAGUGCAAAGUAAGAUUUCAAAAAAAGCAUGGCGGUGUUAACCUGGAUUCUAGACCCAUUUACAUUUUUUUUAGAUUAUCAGCAACUGGAAGAAAAAUUUGCUCAUUUACGAAAGCUGUAUCGUCAUUGUAUUCCAGACAUACAACGAAAUUUAGCAGUUAGAUAUUCUCUUAUAUCUUUGACCAAAGUCACAGCUAAAGCCAUGGUUAGGUUCGGUUUCGGUCGACAACUGCUUAUGUCGACGUCAGUCAGCCAGUGUGAGGGGUGUUGAGAUAAGCGGGCUCCACUGUAUGAACAAGCCCUACAUUGUUUGAAAGGCGUCCUCGUAGGAAUGUAUUAGUCACAAGCACCCACCAAAGGAAGGGCGGCCAUCUUUUAACAUCACUAAAUCAGAAGGUGAAAUUUUCCCUGACCCCCGUCUGAAUAAUGCCUCGCUACAGAGUCCCAUGUGUCGCUAUCCAUGAAGGUCGCUGCAGUCAUCUUUGCACACUUUGAUUUGUAUUUUAAUGGCAAAAAGCACAGAGAUCUACCAACUAAUCAUUCUGUGGUACCUUUGUGUCAAUGGUUUGUUUCAUGUAUAGGAUCACGUGUGGGGGAAAAAAUGACAUGGAGCCUUCUGUGGCGCUAUGCUUAUGUGUUAGCAUCAGCCUGCAGCCUUCGGGCGUCAAGCCACAAGAGCCGAUCCCAGGAUGCCCCUCCCCCUCCGGAGACAUGACUCAUUUUGGUGUCCAUGUUCUCAGCACCUUACCGCCAGGAUAAUCUGCCCAAGACAUGUUGUUUCAUGAUGAAGAUCGAUACCAGCCUGAUCACACCCCAGCUGCCGGAGGCUCUGUCCCAGGCAGGCCUUCAGUUCACCGUGGCCACUGAGGAGGACUUUGAUGACAUCAUGGCUAUGAGCCAGGACAUCUAUGGAGGUCUCGACUACCUUCCCACUAGAUACACCAGUUGGCUGCAGGAAAGCAACCGUACAGUCAUACUGGCACGCAAACAAGGAAAAGUGAUCGCUUUGGAGUCGGUGUGCGUGAUUGACGAUGGGGAGACCAUGCUGGUCGAGGGUCUCCGUGUGGCCCCCCAGGAACGAGGGAAAGGCGUGGCGGGAGUCCUGCUGCGCUUUUGCUCCGACCUCGUCAAAUCCAAAUAUCCCGAGGUGAAAGUGAGCCGCCUGACUCGUGACGACCAACUUGGGCCCAAGGACUUCCAGAAGUAUCGCAUCAUAACCAAGCAGGGCAUUUUGCUGGUGCGUUUCCGAGCUGAAGACCUCAAGUUACGUCUGUCUGAUCUUGGUGGACAUGUCCAGCCACCGCUGUCCACCUUCUUCUCAAAUGGGCCUCCCGUACGUCUGGACAACAGCACCAUUAAUCGUCUAUAUUUGACCACUGACCUGAUGCGGGAGGUCCUUCCAAACGCCACCAUCAUCCAAGACUGGCAGCCAUUCAAACCUCUGCCCCGUAACAUGGCCAUCCUGAUGAAGAAGGACAUUGACUGGAUGGUGGAUGAUGUCUCCAAGCCUACCGUGGGCAGCCUGUGCACUUUCCCUUUCAAGGUCCCUAUCGGAGAUGAUUGGUAUUACCUGAACAUCGACAUGUUCGGCAAAGACCUGGACCUGGUCCGCCAGCAGUUCCUGUGCCACCUGCAGCGCCACACUGCCACCCUGAAGGGUCACGUGAUGUGCCAGAUGUUCCUGGACCCGCCCCUCUGGAAGCCAAUGGUCGACUUUUGCCGCGACACCCUGAAGGUGGAGCUAGUGAAGGGAUACACAGAGCAAUGCGUCGUGGAGUCCGACGUCAUGUAGUCACCAGCAAGGAGAGAACGGACACAGCUCGAUGAGCCACAGCGACUAACCAUACUACAUUUAUUAGAUUAGAAUACUGUCUAUCAUUCUACACUCAGAGUUUGAAACAUAAGCGGAUAUUGUUUUCUGAAAUACUGACAGGGGUUCCUAAAUACUUUCUAAAACAAGAUUUUUGAUAGAGUUGGUUGAUAAUUCCUACGCUGAGUCCAUUCCUAGUACACAGAGUUCAUAUUCAGAUUUAAAGUCAUGGACCACUGGGCUUCUCAUAAUGCACUGUACAACUAAGUGAGGGAUAGGUUGCCGUGAUGUAACCUAAAAAGCUCCUCUUUGAAGGGGCGAAUAACCCUUUGGGCAUUUCAAACCUUGCUGCUGUUUGCUGUAAAUACAACCACAACGAGUUGAGUUGGCUUAGAACAUCUGCACAACUCUGAAGGCACUUUAAAUUGACAAAGACCUGCUGUUAGAAUGGUAGAAGACAAAAUAUGUCAACAACAAACUAAUUCUCCUUUUGGCGAAAUGAACAUCGUCUUUGUUACAGUCUUUUUUGUCAUAUUUCAUAACUGUGAAUAUAUAUGUACGUUACUGAUCCACUAUUUUUGCAGAAACAAACUUUCUAAGCUGUGAGUGGAAUAGAGGCUUUUUGGGUUGUUUUUUUUUUAAGAUGGAUAGAAUAAUGCCAAACUACAUGCUAAUGCUUGAACAUGCUCAAUAGUGUAAAAAUACCCGGGUUAGAACAAGUACAACUAGACUGCAAUUUAACCAUUACUAACAGUGUUACUGGAACUUCUACAUACUUGUGAAGUAGUUUUAAAACCUGCGUACCUCAAAUGGUUUGUUCCAGACGGCACUUUAUAAAAGAGUGAGGGUAACUCAAUUCAAGAGGUGAACAAUAUAACAUGGCAGUUGAAGCAGAUAAUUAUGGCAGCACCAUAGGACCAUGGCAGAUUCAUAUUUAAAUCAAAUAUGUGUGGUUUACAGUUUCUACGGUGACCGACAACGUCCAACCGGCACCAAACACAGAAACGACCCCAAACAAAAGCACACAAACAUCAUAAGACGCAUGCAAAAGAAAAUGCUGCAGGAUCAAAAAUAAAUGAAAAAUGAAAGAGAAAUGGUUCUCCCUCAUGGAGCAAAACGGAUGUUAGCCAGGCCGCCUGGGGCGCCAGACGUCUUUAAAGAUGUCAUAUUUUACAAUAUUAUUUUCUUCCAACAAAGACGUAAGGAAAAAUGUACAUUUCAUUCCACCAACUUUCUUCUGGGCAUCCUGCUCAUGUCUUUAAAGACAGAUUCCUCAGGUGUGGCGCCCCUGGAAGCCUGGCUAACUUUCAUUUUGUUUCAUGAAGUUGAUGAUGAAGGGGUUUUGGGGUUUGUGUGUGUUUUAGGCAUUUGUAGCAUUUUUCAUUUGCAUUUGUUUUUGAUCCUGCAGCAUUCAUGUGAUUACAGCCUUUUUCUGUCACAUGUGUUUUAUGGUGUUUGUGUGUUUUUUUGGUUUCGGAUCAUUUCUGUGUUUGGAGAGUUUGGAUGUUGGUACACGUUUUCCCCUGUCGGUACAGUAAGUCCUACCUUCAAAUAAAAUGGAAUAAGUGCGUUUUUCUCCACGGUUCCCCGUAUGCAUGUAAUCGCUUUUACUGUCCAAUCAAAAGUUUUGUGUAUCUACUAGGGGUGUCACAAGAUCUUGCGAGAUUAAAACGUGACAAGAUUUGUUGUCUCGUGGGCACUCAGCCUGGGACGAUAAUAAAUGAAUUUAUUAAUCACACAAUUAAUCAUUAAUUAAUCACAUAAAUGAAAAUGAACUAAUGAUUUUGCCAGCCUCAAUAUAUUUCUAUUGGCAUGUGUGUCUGUUUUCCUUUUUCCCGCCUCCAAACAGGCAGGAAGAAAGUUCACUCUGUGCAUUGGUUUCAGCACAUUGGCGCUUUUAUUCAACAGAACAACGGCCUGAACGGCGUGAGCACUGUUGUCACUCAUAGAGUCUCUUUGUCUCGGUGGGUGGAGGCACACACACAGAGGGCAGAAGUAGAAACAUUGUAAAAAUGAUAUAGAUUGCAAAAUAUUGUCAUAUAUUUUUUAUAUUUUUCAUUGUACAUUUCUCACAAGUAAAGUUAAGAUCUCGUCUCGUCCUCGUAGACCCGAUCUUGCGUACCGUCUCGUCUCGUGAACGGAGUGUCUCGUGACACCGCUAGUAUCUACACUAUAAAAUAAAUACAGAUGUAAAGUGUAAGUAUUUCAUUGUUCGAUGGCAGCCGUUAUUGUCAAGUCACACAGUCCAGGGAGCCUAAUGAUAAGUUUGUUUUUAACCAAAGAAAGUUGCAAAUCAUCUUGAAGCAGUGCCCUAACGUUUGCUGCCAUUUGUUCAUUCACUCAAACAACCCACACAUAGACAGUCUACUCCUGUAGAGUAAAAGAUGCUACGUAGUGAUAAACCAUACAUAGAGUGCAUAAAUAUAGCAGCUGACUGCUUGGAACUAAUUGCUAGAAUUUCAUUUUUUCCCUCACAACCAAACACAGCAUCUGUUUGAAGAUGAAUCCUUGGACUUAUUCUAUGCUUUGUGUGGUCUUAUUUUUUUAUGUAAGAAAUGUAAAUAGUGGAUGUUGUGCUGGAAGGCUAAAGACUAAUGUUAUUAUUUUGGUGCUGGCAGGAAACCUACAAGGCAUGUGGGGGUGGGGAGGUGGGGAAGUCUUUUUUUUUUUUUUUUUUAAGAAUAAAACAUUCUAUUUUUAAUGUGAAAUUUAAAAAUUAUCUCCUGUCACUUGUAGAACCACGUCAACAAAAGGUUUGUCACAUCACUGGUAUGGUUACGCCAAUAAGGUUCGUUUUUUUUUUGUAUUUGUGCUUAACUUGAGGUGAAGAACAAUUGACUUUUAUGCAUGCUUGGGAAGUGCCAUGCGGCGCCGCUACUAAUCCGAUAAUUGGUCAAGAAAACUAACACACCAAAAAGCAAGAAAUCAUCUUCGGGUUUUCAGUUUCAAAGGUUGUCACUGAAUGGGACACUGACACUGAAAUACAGCACUUUGCAGUGGGGAUCAAGUAUAACAUUGUGUGUUUAACAAAUGCCUGUACAAGCCAUUGAGUUCAUACAGUAGGUGAAUGAGCAUGCACUUUAGUAAUCAGUGGCAAUAAUAGCCAAGUAGCAUCCUUAACUUCACCUUGUUGAGAUGUUUUCUAAUCAACCGAGGCAGUGUGUCAUCCUUAAAAACACAAGAACAGGAUGCAUUAUAAAGGCUGUCUGACGGACAGAGACAUGCAAAUACAUUUAGUAAACUAGUUUUUAAGGCUUGUAGUGAGCGCUUCUAUUUUUGUGAAACCCCUUUCGCCGCUCACAUUGUCCUUUUUUUAAACAUGACUAUUAACAGACUGGCUAAUGUUACAUGCAAAUUAUAAUCACUGGAGCGAGAAAUAUGUACUGUUUUUUUUUUCUGUGUACAUUCAAACCUUCUGUGUGCUUGUAAUGUAGUGAUCGAUUCAUCUUGGCAUUGAUUGGUGAUGCAUUGGACCUCCGAGAAAGGGAGGGACAUGAACAAAGCUUCCUCAUUUAAUGUUAGUAAAGACGA